AAAUCGUAACCUAAGCUGAGACUCCAGUUUCAAAGCUCACUUCGCGUGACAUGCACGAUCAACUCAGCGACGAUUUAUACAGCAGUCUUUCUACUGCCGUAGAAGAGGUAAGAAUGAUACAAUAUCAUAAUUUAUGGCAGCUGAGCGCCAUAGUCGACUGCAGUAUUGUAAAAAGGCACUUUUGUCUUGAUCGCUGACAGCUUAACAAAAGAACUAAAACAAUUUAAGCUAAAGCAUGCUCAGUGGUUGAUAUUGAGAUACUUCGCGCUAAAAGAGGCAUGUUUACGUUCGAGACCUCUGUCUCUUUGUUUUACCCUUUUCAUGACAGGCAUAUGUAAAAUAAAUUUUAUUUCAGUUUUAACACAAUUUUAUUUCAAUUUAAGUUUAUUUUUAUUUCCACCUGUUGUCAAAGAAAGGAAACAAAAUAUUCAUACGAAAAAAGCUCAACAGUGCCAUGUGAUUUAAUGCUGAUCUAGAAUGUAGAUAGCUCAAUUGUAUCAAUGGUAUGUUUAGGUCNAUGACAGGCAUAUGUAAAAUAAAUUUUAUUUCAGUUUUAACACAAUUUUAUUUCAAUUUAAGUUUAUUUUUAUUUCCACCUGUUGUCAAAGAAAGGAAACAAAAUAUUCAUACGAAAAAAGCUCAACAGUGCCAUGUGAUUUAAUGCUGAUCUAGAAUGUAGAUAGCUCAAUUGUAUCAAUGGUAUGUUUAGGUCUAUGUCGUCCAUAGACUUCUAAAAAAGACUUACAAUAAUAAGGUGAUCAGUAACAAUUUAAUAAUAAUGAUAAUAUUACACAUUCAAAUUUCAAUAAUGAAUUAAUAAUUAACACUGUCACAUGAGAUGAAUUUAGCUUUUCUAGCUGCUACAUGUACAAGUAGUAGUUACAAAUAGAAUAUAAAAAAAGCAUGCCUGUCAAAAUGAUAAAUGUUUUUAUAGUAUCUUACCUUAUCCAAGUGUUGGCUUGAGUGACAGAAUUAAUUGCUUACAUCUAGCCGAGUUAUAGCCUCCCCGCAGACGUCCUUUGGGGUUCGUUCGUCACACAUUCAAGAAUUCGUGACGAACAAAUCCCAAAGGAUGUCUGCAGGGAGGCUAGGCGAGUUACUGUGUUUCCAUCAAUGAUAACCAAUCUCAUGAUUAUUUUCUGACCUGUAUCUUCUUUUUUUAGUUCCUUCAUUAGAAUGAUAAUACAUGUAUAGUGUACCUCACCCCCACCUCCACCCCCACUUAUAGCAAUUCACCUCUUUGGGAUUAUCGACCCCUAUUUUUUCACCUUUUACUUUUGUCAAAAGUCAUAAAUGAAAAUAAGGGAUUGUGAAAUAUUACCCUGAGAAAACAGCCAACAUUUUGUGACACCGCCAGGUCUCCCGGCAAAAUGACAUUUGAGAAACGAGCACAGAAAUUCUGUACAGGUAAUGCAUCACUAUCAAGAUCUGGGAUGUGUUUCUGAUUAGAUAAAACCUAUUUGGAAGCAAUCAGAAGCACUAUCCAAAUCUGGGUAGUGACUCGUUAUCAGUAUGGAAUUUCUGCACUUGUUUCUAAGACGUCAUUUCGCUGGAGAACCAGUGUGGUUGUUUUUUCAGGUGAAAUAUUUGUCAAAAAAAGGUUCAGGUUAGGCAGUCUGAGGAAUAUACACAGAUAGGAUAUCAUAAUUUUUUAAUAACUCAGUUAUCCCUUUGGAGGGAUACAGUGGAACUUCACCUAACAGCCACCUUGGUAAUACAGUCACCUUGUUGUUACAGCCACUUUUUUUGGCCGCUCGGCAAAAACCACCAUACAUUUUCUUGUCAAGAAACCCUCAUUAAUACGGUCACCCCAAAUUUGGCUUCCCCCAAAAAACUUCAUAUGCUCAUCGAGGAAGUUAAGAAGAUAAUUCACUAGCCCAAUUGCAAAAUCCACGAGCCUAAGGCCCCUGGACACAACUUCCUUUGCAUUGCCACUUAUUGUUGUGCAAUUUCUUUCUCAUAGAUCCAAAGGCAAGUUGCCCAAGGGUACAGUGUUAUCUGGAACUGCAAAGCAGUGGAUAACUUAUGCUUUUGUAUGGAAGAUAUUUUCAACCAUGGGCUGAAAGAGGGGUUAGUGUGUUGCAUUCUCUGCAUGUCGUUAACAGAAAAUUUUUUCUUUGCUACUAACAGUAAUGUUGAUAUUGCAAAAUAGAAUAGUACAUCUGUAUGCAAGGACAUACAUUUUUUAGGGGGUGGUUGUGGGAUGUAUAGUACUGAGUACUAUACCUUUAAGCUUUACCCUUGGGGAGGAGGAGGGGUAGUCAAGCAAUGACUUGUGGCUGAAGAGGGUAUGCUUGAUCCAUCAUUUUAAACACUGUUAUGGAUUUCACUGCAUGUCCUGGUACAUGUACGGUGUAUUGAGCAUCUUACAUGUAAGCAGGGUGUGUCUAGCCUGUCUGCGGUUUAUUCACCAGAAACAAUGCGUGCCAUCAACAUGUGUGUUCGUGGGACUGAUGUUGUGAUUUGGUCAUAAGGUCUCUUCUUUUAGACAGCCUGAAAAGCAAUAUUGAAAUGCAAUUUUUCUGUACAGGAUCAGGGUUUGAAGGCCUCAGUGGCAGAGUUGUUGGAAAAAACCACAGUGGAGGUCAAAAGUCAUUACAAACACACUCAACAUGAUAAGACUUAAUUAAACUGACUCCCGUCCUUUCUCACCCCAAGCAAUGUAGUUGUAAUUUGUUCACCCUGUCCUGAAAAGAGUUUGCUUUUCACAAUGUUGUUUGUUGGGGGAAAGGGAAGCCAUUAGAGACAUCCAAACUAGUGCAAACAUGGAUGUUACAAUGUAUGCUACAACUGAUAACACAUGUACAGUUUGAACCCUGAAGAAGGCAGCAUUGCCAAAACUUUGGUUAAGAUUCUUUUGAACAGCAUUGAUUUUAGAAUUUUCAAAUUGACACAGUUUCUGUGUUCUGCUGUUGAAGGAAGUUUUUUUUAAAAAUCUCUACACCAAAGAUUUUUGGCCGUCAUUGGAGUAUUCACAAAACUUCAGGUUGCAGGUUAAGUACCAAAUUAAAGCUCUAACUUGACCGAGAAACCAAAACCCUGAAGGAUUUUGGUAAUAAUACUUGUAGUAAAAGUAACAUCUUCAUUCAAAAGGUUGACAGUUCUUUGAAGUUAAGUACUCAUCUGAUACAUAUGCCUGAUGGUGUUGAUGUGAUUUUAAUACCCUAUGAAGAGGUUUCCUUCGAAGGUCAAAUUAAAUACCUACAAAAGGUGUUACAGUCUGAAAACUGUUAGAGCCAUUAUACAUGUAGGUUUCAUGUCUCUGUUGUGGUACAGACUGUUAUUUUGAUUCUUGAGGUUGAAAGACUUGCCAAAAAUCUGGGGAAGAUGUUGUGGGACCCUUAUCCUCAGAUAAAGUUCUUGUUGUAAAAUGUUUCAAUGAUGUUGUCAUUUUCUGGUUUAAGAUUGGCUGUCUUUUUUUGCAGGCUUCUCAGCUGGGCUUCAAAUAAUCAAGUAUCUUUUUGGUCACUAGCGAAUAAAAUUACAUGUAAAAAGGACAUAGAAGACAUUAACAGGUACCUGACCAGGAAAAAUUGUAAAUUUAUGUUGAUUUAUUGUGUUGAGUGUCCCGCUUGUGUUUUAUACAUGUUAAGUAAUAAAUUAUUGAUCAAACCUCUUUGAACCUGAGAGUUUGCUUUGGUUUCUGACACCAUUGCCCCACCACAAAAAGCAAAGCUGUCAUAGUGAAAAACAAAUGAAAAAGCGUCUGAGCUGACGCAGAUGUACAUAAGUUGUGAUGCCAUCUUGCAUCUGAGCUGACAUGUACGUCCGUCUUCAUUGAGUUUUUGUGGUCUGAUUAGUUCUGGCCAGCACUGUAGGUCAGAUUUAUGUCUCACAUGACUUUUAGCCAUAUGGUAGUCUAAAUAUCUCUUAACUAUAAAGAAAUGCAAUUUCAAAAAUAGAGCAAAAAGUAUGUUAUACCCUUGGCGAGUCUAGAGUGACGUGACCACAACAGUAUCAAAAUGACCCCCUCAGUGUGGCUUGAUCUAAUCCUUGUGAACUGCUCAGAAUUUUUGCUUCAGAACAAAAAUCCAUGAUAUAAAGAAACAAAAGAAAUAAAGGUAUAUGUAGUCCAAUAAAACUACUUGUUGCAGUUACAGUGUAUUUUAAUUUUUAUUCCAGAUAAUACUAGGUGUACAUAUCAUACUUCACAAUACUACAAUAAUUGUAGUAUUGUACACCGUGGCCGCUGAAAUUGUAGUCAUGUAGUUGCCCUGGCUUGUUUGAAGCUGUUGCACUGGCAACUGUGUUAACCCAGUCCAAUAUUUUUACAUUGUAUCCCUGACUUUAGCAUUUACUUUAAAGUCAGCAUUAUCAAUCAACCAAGCUUAAGACUGUGCAAGAAAGAGAGAAAUUUGCCCAGAGCUCUGAACCUGUGAAAUCCAGGGUGUCCAGCUAAUGAUUUAUAUGAAGACAGUUAACAUUUUCUCGUAGCCCUAGAGCAAAAGUUAGGUGCCAGGAUUCACUGGGCACUGCUAGAGCACACCUUUGAUCAACUUAUCAUCGACUCAUUACCUACACUGUAGGCACAAGACAUUCCACAAAAACUUCAGUUAUACCAUGCAAGCAGGCACUACUUACAAGUACAACUGGAAAAAUCAUAUUACCUGUACUGUUUUGAGACCAAAAAUACUCUUAUUUUUGGUGGAAUAGAUUAUUUAGCUCUGUUAAACUCUUUACAGGUUAAUACACUUUAAAGUGCUUUCAGUCAAGUUACUAAAAAAUAUAUCGUGGUUAACUUGCUAAGAGCGGCCACUUCAUUCAGUGCAAAUCUUAUCUCAAAAGCAACCUGUUUUAGAAAUCAAGCUUUUAAACAACUACAUUGUUAGUUUGAAUUAUGAUCUUUGUUUAUGAUAACUAAUAUUAAUUAUCAUUGAAAUAUAGUUAAAAACCUGUUUUUGUUUCAUGUAGGCUUCGCUCAAAAACUGAUCAAGAAAAAUGUAUGGCAUGGAUAAGACAAGGUCUCAAGGAGAAUACACUGAGCAGCUACUUGAAUGCUAUCAGUCAGGAUGAAAAACUUCUGAGGUACACUUUAUAUGAUUUUAUAAAUUAUUGUGAGUGUCUUCUAAAUUAGAUUGUUUAUUUCUAUAUUUUAGUUAGCGAUUUUUUUUAUUUUCACAAAGUAAAGUAAAAAAUUAUAAUAUGAAGUUUUUAAAUGUACAGUAGUUUAAUUUUUUCUUUGGGGCAAAUUUUAAUUUCCUUUUUUUGGGUAUAUGAUAAUCAGUUGUUUAUGUACAAUAAUGAGUUCCUAAUAAAAGAAAAUAUUCAAAAAAGCGCGGGUUUCCUUGAACCAUAACAUGUUAUGUAGUGAAGAAAGCACAGUUGUGCAGAGAUCAGAAUUGGCAUACUGAUGUAUAAGCAAACCAUAAUAAUAAAUUGUUUUAUUAUACUAGUUGACUAAAAUAUUGCAAGAUUCAAAUCAGGCAUCUGUGUGCACUGUAAAUCCUCUAUUUAAGCCCCCUCUCUAAUAAGUCCCCCUUUUCAGGGGAAGAAAUUUAUUAAGCCCCCUCCCCCACUCCCCCUCAUUAGUUUUCACGAUAAAUUGUAUUAAUCACGAUUGUAAAACUUCAUUUGGACUGAUCCAUGAUGGUUUAUUCACAUGUUGGAAGUUUGGAUUUGUUUUUGAUAGUUCUUGAUUGAGAACUGAGACCAACUUCUUUGCUAAAUUAAAUAAGCCCUUGAAAUGUCUUUGAAAAAAAAUAAGCCCCCCUGGGGGGUUUUAAAGAGGAUUUACAGUAUCUAAAUACAAUAAAUUCAAAUUCAAAAACUUGCUGUUUUUUACAGUUUUAGACAUAAGUAAUAUAAAUAAAUAUUAUUGUUUUCCACUAUUUGUGGACUCCUAAUAUGUUCAUAAUAAUAAUAAUAAUAAUAAUAAUAAUAAUAAUAAUAAUAAUAAUAAUAUUAUAAUCAAAUGUUUUUAGAAGCUAUUGUCACAUAAAGAAUAUAUCAACUGAUGGUACAGAAAGAAAAUAUUAGAAGUGAUAAAUCACUUUUGUCACCCAGGAAACAUAUUUUCAUUUUAAAGAAAUGUUUGCAGGUGACUUUAGUAUUAUUUUUUCACUGAAGCAUCAAAUAACAACACUUGUACAAGACAGACAAAAAUCAACUUGAAAAGCAGAUGUGGGCUUGAGUGAACUAUUUCCCUGUGUUGCAGUAUUAAGGUUAUACAGUGUAUUAUUGUAAUAUCUUUCAGUUGCAACCAUCACCCACUCAUAAUUUUUCUGCAAGUAAUCCUUUUAAAAUUUUUAUAUCAUAUUCUAAUAAGGACUCAGAAAAUAUUGACAAAAACAUGUAAAUGGUAUUUACAUAUUUGUGGACCACCAGCUGUUGCUAGUGUUUGAACGUGCAAUUAAGGUUAGCUUGUAUAAUAAUGACUUUGUUGCUUGCUACAGAGAAUUCUACCAUCCUCAUGCAUUCCUCUGUGACAAAGAAAAGGCUGAAAAAACAGAAAAAUUGAUAGCAUAUGGAAUAUCUCACUUGGAUUUUGACAUGUAAGUUUGCUUCCAUUGUGUUUUUCUUUUUACUUUUGUGCAACACAGCUGCAUGAAUGAAUUUCGUUUUUGCUAAGUAAGCUUCCCUGGAACACAUGAAUAAGCAUUAAAACUAGAAAGAAUCCUGAUGGGAUGUUGCUUCUUGAGUACAGAAUUGGCAGAAUUGAGAAACUACUUCUUGGAGAAAAAAUACCUGUAUUGAAAGGACUCUCCAGAAAUUCUGUUGCAAAACGAAGAUCUAAGGAUGCUCAACAAGAAAUUCUGUUAACUUGAAAGAGAGCCCCGCCACUCAUUGAAUUUUAAAAUAAUAUUAAUUUUCCGGACUAACCGACUUACAAAGUAGUAUUAAGCAUUAAUUUAACGCUUAAUUGAAUACAUUCUGAUAGUAAUUUACUAAUAAAAAUUUUGGGGCUUGUUGGUGCACACUUCUUCAAAACUUAUUUAUCAAAGUGUUACAUAAUCUUUAUUUAUUUUUCUCUGUUCAUAACAACAGAGGAUUGUGAUAAAAGUGAAUUUGAAAGAUCUGUGGGACAUAUAUCUUUCCAGUUUCAAAAAAGUCCCAAAAAGCAUCAUAUUAAUCAGGAUUAAUUUAGGUUUCUGAGAAACUGCCCACCUUCCCCUCCCCUAAGUUAACAUUAACACUUGCUUUGGCCCUUUACUUCUUACUUAGAGCAAAACGAUGGCUUAGGGAAGGGGUAGGUAGGCAGUAUCUCCAAAACCUAAAUUGAUCCAUUAAUCACAUUUAGACCCCAGUAAUGUGAUGUAAAGGAGGUGGACAAAAUGCUGACCCCCCAUGUCCAUGGACUACUCCCAUGGGCUACCCAUCUGGGGCCGGUUGCUCGAAGCCUGGUUAGCGCUAACUGUUGGUUAAGAGGUAUCAAAAUGUAUAGGUUUCCAUGGUAUUUAACGCUGGUUAGCACUAACCAUGCUUCGAGCAACCCGGGCCUGGACUACCCCAAAAAGGACUACACCACUGAAGUUUAGUGAUAAGGGUCAGGAAACUGUGUGAAUCAAGUUCUAUUUAGGGUCAUCAUACUUGGAAAACUGAUCUGAACUUGAUUCACUCAGUUUCCUAACCACUAAUCACUAAAUCAGUUUGGAGAAUUUGUAUGUGGAUAUUGGGGCUUAAAGGGUUAAUGGGAUGAGGGGACCAACAUGGGUCCAAAUCUCCAACAACCUUCAUGCUGUAGCAGUGACCUUGCCAAGAAUUAGUGAUUCUAAUGAAAGAAAAGAAAAAUAAAUGAUAACCUUUAAUAGCAUAGAGCAUAUCAGCUGUAAAAAAAUUAUUGCCUUAGCCAGGUCAAUAAGCUUUGUAUUAUUACCAAGAGGAUUUGACUCACUUGACAGCCAUGAUUACACAGUACUAUGCGAUAAUAAUAUUUAAACUGUUUGUUACUAUGCCAAGUAAGAUUUAAUAUUUUUUUCCACAUAUUAAAUAUUUCCCAGUUCUCUGACAAGCAGUUCUAGGAGAUCUCUAGACAUUAAAGCAGCAGCUCCAAUUAUUGCUAGCUUAGGUAAGUUUCCAUGGCAACAGACAGUGUUGAAUUCGAGCAUGGUUAGUCGGAGUCUGGUGAUAGUUUAGGGUGCAUUCUUGCAAUGUAUAUGAAGUACUCAUUCUCAGAGACAAUGACUCCACAGGCGGCCUAGACGUAGUAUGUGUCACUGAAUGAAUAUAUUAAUAUCCACAUGGACAAAUUAAUGCGAUGAGUCGUCGAAACUCCCAUGGACUAAAAUAGUGUUAAAGUCAAAAUAUAACAAAACAAAGCUAAGAUACCUUCAACUGAACGUAUCCUUGUCUUUCCUGGCCGGUUUAAGUGGCAUUUUGUUGAGUUUUGAAAUUGUAGGUACUAUCCACUAAAGAAGAAUUAAAGGCUGGCUACAAAACAAACAGACCAUCUCCACGCGCCUUCACACGAAGCGCUAUAAAUUCGAGAAUAAUCGACGAAUCCGCUCCAAAUAACCAUCGGCUAAUCUGCAGGUAACGUGUGCUCCUGCUUCUGGCUCGCUUGCUCCACAAAACCCAUCACAACUGCACAAUAAUUGCUCGCUCAUCAACAACCACUGUUGACCUUUACGCUUCGAUAUGACCGCAAACGACCAGGUUUAAUACGCGACGUGAAUAUUCAAGCUUAGCGACCGCGUUCGCGCAACAAUGCAGCACUUGCUAUGGGAGGGAUGGUACUAUUGCUUCCAGGUCAAUCGACUGACCGAAGGUUCGCUGCGUUAGUUUUGACCAGAAAACAAAAGGCGAUCGCGGGACCGUCCGUAAGUUUUCAACAGGGCAGCCCUGGUUUUCAUGUUCGAAUUCUUCUAACGUUCGCUGUCUCAGCUGCUGUCACAUUGUUCGUCCAGCCGCUUGCAUAGGUUCUUGACUCUACCAGACUUAUUUGCUUAGAUUAACAACGUCUUACUCCAUAAUAUGUUGUCCAAACUGGUGAAGGAGGACGAGAAUUUUCCGCCCAGGAAAAAGGCAAAAUCUGGCCCCCGCUAUGCAGCUGAAUAGAAGAUACAGCUGAAGAUAUCGUAAGGUAAAAUUUAUGUGCGCGAUAUCUUUUUUUAUUAUUAUUAUUAUUCUCAAAACUCAGGGGCACCCAACGAUGAUUUCCCCCUAAAUGCAUUGAAAACACAUUUAAGGCUGUCCAGAGUACUUUUGAUCGAAAAAUGUAUUCUAAACAGCGCUUACAUAAAUUUAGUCAGGAGGGCUAAAAGCGAAGCUAAUGAUUUAUAGUUUGCUCAUACUAAAUAUAAAAUAUAUCGUGUAAUGCUAAGCGGAGAAGGCAACGAGACAGGGCCACCCAACGACUGUUUCCUCAAAUACUUUCAAUUGAAAACACUUCUGUAGCUAUUCAUAAAGUACUUUUAGCUCUAUAGAAAUGCAUUCUAAGUGGCGCUAUAAAAUUUGCAUCUCAGUGUUCGGCCAUUCUAGAGGAACUUGAGUCUUUUCGAAAUUACGAGGAAUUCAGAAUUAUUUUCCCGAAAAUUUUAGAUGCAAUUUAACGUAUUACGAAGGAGAUAAUUUUUCAGAUACCUUCUUUCAUCACAUUUUUGAAUCCGAAAAUUUUAGGAUUCCAUUUUACUCUCUAAGAAAAAUAGCCUAACCCGGUGAGUGAAAUGUGAAAAAUUAAAAGUUGGAUGCCCUUGACCAGAACUGUGAAAAACAACAAUAGGUCUAAUUGCAGCACACUUUCUUGUACAUUUCCUUGCCGUUGAUUUGCAUGACUGCAACGUGAAACGUCCAGAAAACUUCCUGGUUUUCACUUUUUAUGGAGAAAAUGUGGUACAUGUUCUUGUUCACUUUUUCCACUGCCGCUCAUUUUUUUUAGCUCCGCUAUAAGAUUCGUAUCUGUUCGGUGCUCCUUGGGCAAAUUGGAUCUUUUUAAAAAUUACAAGGGCUUCAAUAUUAUUUUCCCGAUUGAUUGACCUGGAAGCAAUAGUACCAUCCCUCCCAUAGCAAGUGCUGCAUUGUUGCGCGAACGCGGUCGCUAAGCUUGAAUAUUCACGUCGCGUAUUAAACCUGGUCGUUUGCGGUCAUAUCGAAGCGUAAAGGUCAACAGUGGUUGUUGAUGAGCGAGCAAUUAUUGUGCAGUUGCGAUGGGUUUUGUGGAGCAAGCGAGCCAGAAGCAGGAGCACACGUUACCUGCAGAUUAGCCGAUGGUUAUUUGGAGCUGAUUCGUCGAUUAUUCUCGAAUUUAUAGCGCUUCGUGUGAAGGCGCGUGGAGAUGGUCUGUUUGUUUUGUAGCCAGCCUUUAAUUCUUCUUUAGUGGAUAGUACCCACAAUUUCAAAACUCAACAAAAUGCCACUUAAACCGGCCAGGAAAGACAAGGAUACGUUCAGUUGAAGGUAUCUUAGCUUUGUUUUGUUAUAUUUUGACUUUUACACUAUUUUAGUCCAUGGGAGUUUCGACGACUCAUCGCAUUAAUUUGUCCAUGUGGAUAUUAAUAUAUUCAUUCAGUGACACAUACUACGUCUGGGCCGCCUGUGAUGACUCUUUUGAAAACUAAGUCAAUUUGAAGUAUGAUUUUUCUGAAUAUGAUUCUAUUUUAUGGCUGAUUCUGUGAACAGACAAGAUGAACUAAAUGCUGCGUACUUGUUGGCUACUACACUAUGUCUUGUGUGUCCAGACAUUUUACAUCGGGAAUCUGAAGUGAAUACUUUAUUUCCACAAAUAAAUUUUCUCGAAUUAAUUGAUCUGUGUAAACGUUUGUGGAUCGGAUUACCGUAAACGUAAUAAAUUCGCACACAUUUAUGAAUCCGGAAAAAAAAAUCCGCCGUGCUAGCCGUCAAAUUUGUUGAGAUAGUGUCGUGAAAUGAGGUAACAUAAGAGAACAAAACAAUCCACACCCCUCCCCCUCCCCUCCAUUCAACGUUGGGGUGUUUGUUGUUUCCUACGGGUAGCUCGAACAGCGGCACAACGGCUGCAGUCACAUCUGGGCUACUAGGGAGCUUAAGCAACGACGACGGCGACGGCAACGAGGACGUCAAAAAAGCAAUAGGUUUAUCACGCAAAACAACAAUUUUGCACGUGCAUCACGCUUUUUUUGUACAUUUCUUUACCGUCCUUGCACGACUACGACGUAAAAAUGCCUAAUUGCAAGUUUUAUGGAGGACGUAAACAAGCGACGACGAAUCUCUUUUUUUCUCUCUAAACUUGAGUGCGGUCCUCAAGAAAUCAACUCCAGGGAAAUUCGCCUACACUUGCCAUUUUCAGCAAAUUGGAAUAAACGCGGCAAAGGGUGAAAAAACGGGAAUUCAUUUUAAAACUGACGUUUUCGCUGCCGUUGCCGUCGUCGAUGCUAAAACUCCCUACUAACUAUAGCUAAGACGAGGGUAACUAUAGUUAGCUAUUUCAGUAUGUGACCGCUUCUCUGUUUGCUCUAACUAUAGUUAGAAAAUUUAUGCCUCGGCGAUCCAAAACAAUACAGACUAACUAUAGUUAUACUCAAGCAGGGUUCGUGGGUUCUUAAGUUUACAAACAAACAACCAAUCAGAAUGUGACACUUCUUUUCGCACGUGCGAGAUGAGCAUAUAUAAAUAUGCAAAGUAAAAACCAAGCGUGAAGCGAGGGGGAAGCCAAAAACAACAAACAAAAAAUUUACGUAGGCUAAUUAGAACUAAGUGUUGUUAACUGCGUGGUGUGACCGCAAUGUCGACCGAAAGCACUAACUACAGUUAGGUAUGACGUCACGUAACUUGACACUAACUUUAGUUGCGUCGUAGAUGUGACCGCAGCCAAUAUUUCAAGGACGGUGGGGGAGGAAAAGCUUUGUUUCCCUUUUUGAAGUCAGUAAAACGCUCUGAACGCUUUCUCUUUCUCUCUCAGGGCAACGUGUAUCAACUAAUUUUGUCGCCGAUUGUGUCUUAUAAAUAUUUUGAACUCCAGCGUGUCUUGUCGGUUUUCAGGUGCUGGAAUCACUCAUCUUCCUGUAAGAUCCAGCCUGGUAAAUGGUUAUGGAUCACCUUCUAGCAGCUGGAAUGGACACGAACAUUCUGUGCAUUUGUCAAUCAAGGAAGCAAGAAACGUCGCAACUGAAGGAACAGGAAAGAAAAAGAAGAAGAGAAAAAAGGCAGAAGUGGCAAUGAUUGCCGAGAGUGAAGAUUUUGAAGAAUCGGAUUUUAUUAACAAAGCAAUUGAUAUUCAUAGAGGAUUGGACUCAGGCAGUUCUAGUAAUCACAGUGAAAUGAUCUCUGGUGUAAUUGUGGAUGACGACCAAAAUUCGGAAGAGAGAAAACCUGUGAAUGAUUCAUCUGGUGAUAUGGAUCUUGCAGGAGAUAAUACUUCUGAGAUUUCUUUAACAAUGGACUUACCAGUUGCUGAAACAGUUCUGCAUCAGUCUUCAACGGAUAAAUUUGAACAAACUAGUUUCCUUGCUGGCUCGAACGAGACUUUCCCACUUGUCAAUGGGUCUGAUAAAGAGGAAGUUUCUUUGAAUAAUGCCCCUUGUGAAGAGAAAAUAAUAGAUGGCAAUAAAAGUGUUGACGAAGGAAGUAAAGACGAGAGUGAUUUGAUUAAAGAAGAGCUUGCUUUAAAACCUGAGGAAGUGAUUGACGGGAAUCAUUCCUCUAAUGAACAUUCUGAGAGACAGGGUCACAUUGAUGAGAGAACGUCAAUUAUUACCUCACCAGAAAUGGAUAAUCAGUCUUCAUCGCAAAAUCCCUUUGAAGACGAGGGAGAAGUUGAGACUGUAAGUACUUCUCCAAAGGACACAGAUACAGUUAUAGCUAAGGAACCCGAAACGCCGGAAUAUUAUGCUGCACUGGCUACUUUCGAAUGUGGCACACCAAAGAAAGUCGAUAGUAUUUGGCAAAUUGAAAGAGAGCGCGGCAUGUCUGCUGAAUUUAAUGCUAGUUACGAAGGCGAAGACUUAAACAUUGUACCUGGGAUUCACAAAAGCUAUGAUACGCGUUCACGAAGCGAGAGUUCGGGGAGUUUUAACGGGUCGGGCUCGCAGAGAAGUAGCAGGAACAAUACUUUGGAUUCAAUUAACAGAACCUUUACGAUUAGCUCUACUCCUGGUUCGUGGCCGGGAAGAAAUAGUUUCUCCAGUCGCAAGAGCUCCAAGGCAGAUUUGUCGAUUGGCUCUCCUGGUAGCGAGAGUCAGUUUAGUGAAUUUGAGAUGUUCGAUGAGCUGAUUGGAUUAGAAGAGGAUCAUUUCUCUCCACCAGAGGUGAGCCUGUAAAAUAUUAUAUAUACAGCUGUCUCCUGAUUACUCGAACCUCGCGCUAACUUGAACCAUAGUCGAUUUCCCGCCCUGGAUUUCCUUCAUACAUUUAAAGUAAUUUUACCCUCGGUAACUCGAACCCUCAGUGACUCGAACCUCCCGCUAACUCGAAGUAAUUUUUGUUUCCCUUCAAAUUAUUUCUCUAUAAGGUUACCCCCGAUAACCCGAACCAUGUUUUAAGCGUGACAAGUCAGAGAGAAAUCGGUAUACUGAAGUCCGAAAUGGUGAAUUUAUUUCAAAACCAUCGUGUCAAUGCUUUGUCUGUACUUUUUUGUCACUCCAGUUCAAAUUCAGUGUCCAAGGCUCUAUAUCAAUCAAGCUUUGUUGCUUAUUUACUUUUUUAAAAUAUCAACCUUUUUUUCUUGCUACCCUUUAAGGGAGUGUACUGACAAGGUUCGAGUUAUAGGAAGGAGAAGUCGUUACGUUACGUUUCCAUGGUAGCAAAAUUUUUGAAUGACAGCAAACCGAAAAAGUCACUUAAAAGUCUAUUCGCACUAUUAUAAACUUCACCAAUCUUAUUCAGUUUCAUUUAAUUUGGCAAAUCUUGGCGAAAUUUUCUUUGGGAUCGUAUCUGUUGUUAUCUAAGUUUAGGAAACGAAAGCCACAAUUUUUGUGUUGAGUUCACCUACUCCAUAAAGCGGGCUCGUGAGAUUAGGAAGUUUCAUGUCGUAGUGGUGCAACGACGGCAAAGAAAUGUACAAAAAGCGUGAUGCACGUGCAAAGUUAUUGUUUGUUAAUAUAAACAUAUCAUUUCUGCCGAUCUCCUUGCCGUCGCCGUCGUCCUUGGUUUUGGUGUCUUCUCUCUAUUGGGAGUCUACUGUAUAAAAGAGCUCUGUGGUUAAUCCCGAUUACCAGCCGCUGUUCAGGAAAUGAGCCCGCGCUCCUCCCCUCUCUUCUUGGGGCCGACCAGAGAGCGGCGGAAAUCGAGCCUGCACCGUGAUGUCUUGCUAUAUAUUAAAGAAGAAAACUCAGGGUUAACGUGCUAAUUUUGUAGUUAAGUCACCGAACCGCCAAUACACAUGUACAUGCAUAUCGUUUAUAAAGCUUUUUUGCCGAGUAAAAAGCUCGUAAGUCAGUGAGCCGGUAGCUUACGUAUCUUCUAAGCUGUCAUUGCAUUGAGAUGGAUUAGGAAAUUUAGGAGUAUUCACACACUAGUUAUAUUGCUGAAAGAAGAAUGAGUUCACUAAGCUCACUUUGUGUAAAUAAUUUCCCACACAGAUUUGGGCAGAGAGUGAAUUUUCACAUAUCAUUUAAACGUCAUGUGUUAUGUGCAGGCUUUUAUAUCCCUUAUAUUCCUCAGUGUCGCAGUCGAAAAAUUGAAACUUCUGUGUUUGGACAAAUCGUUACGCCACCUUACCUUUUUUGCAUAAUUUACCAUGGCAAAUCCCUUUUUUUUUUCAAUUCCAUUUUCUAUAUCAUUCUAGUUACGAAUUGUGAUACUAUAAUGUAUCUUUAGUAAUGUCUCAUACAUCGAUAUGUAUCGUUUUUUUAAGUCCUUUAUGGGCGUGUCUACUACAGAAGAACUGCGCCACGCGAUAAGUGCCUGUAAAGACCUCAUCAACACCACUUCCGAUGACUCGGAGGAGAAACGGAAACUCAUCACCAAAUUGGUUCAGCUCAGGCUCAAACUUCAGGAAACUCAGGUUUGUCGAUGUAUGAUAUACUUUUCUCGCGAUCUAAUGGUGAAGCGCUAUUAAGGGUGUCUAGCUAGUCUUAAAAUGGAAUAAAGUGAAUCUAGCCCUGUGUAAAAAUACUGCCAUACUUGAUAGGAAACUAUUUUUGUCCUUUUAGGGUUCUGUAUCCUCUUAGAGAGCACGGCUCUACAAAAAGGGCAUUUUUGCUGUGUUUUGUUUAUUCAGUUUUUAUCAUAUAAGGUUCUUUGAGUAUUUGAUGGGGGUGGGUCAAGAGGACAAUAUUUGCAGUGGAAUGCGAAAAGAAAUUCUCUUGCUCUAAAAGCAUUUUUGCAUCACAGCAAUCUCGACCCUACCCUGAGAGAGAGCCCUGGGCACGAAUUAAGUGUUCGUGUUCGGUAUUCUAACUGAAGCACUUAUUUAAGGGCUCAAUUGUGGCUUUUUGCGAGGAACCUGCACCAGAUGAGUCUAAAAACAACUAAAAAGGUAUAAGUAAGCAAGGGUUAAAAACUAUAGGCAAAAAAAUUUAAAAAAUAAGCCAAAUAAAACAGGAUUAGUAACCCCUACUGGUAGAGGAAAGCCAGCCAGAUUGAAGCUGAAAGUAAAAUCUCGUUGUGUUCAUAAAAUUCAUUCAAAAGAAAUUUCAAAAGGAAACCACCGAGGUUGAUUCCGAGUACGGAGAGUGAGCUGUGCGCAAAGCCUUUUGGGUGUUUAUUUGCUUGCGAGGCAGACUUUUAUACGAAAAGAGAGAGGGGCACUCCUCCCUCGCGCAUCCGAAUUCUCGCCUUCCUCUCUCUUUCGAAUACCUGCCUCGCAGACUAGGUAACCAUGUUUACCUAGUCGAGCUAUAGGAUAUUGCAUUGGAAGACAACCCAAGUGCGGAACGACAUCGUGUGCGUAGGCUUUACCCCGCUGAAGGACUUCUGGAUUUGCAAUCGUUAAGUUGUUACUCGCACGGCUCUUAAGCGUGUAGUUGCUCAUUUGCUGAACGAUUCAAUAUCACCUCUCCCUCUGUACCUGUUUUUUUUUUUUUUUUCCAGGAUUCGAAAUCAGAGGGUGACUCAAAGGCACGAAAAGUACUCGGACAUACGUUUACAAAGGAAGAGGAACGAGGGAAGAAGUUGAGCUGCGAUAAAUGCGGAAAAACAAUUUGGAUGUGGCAAUCGCUAUUUACAUGCAACGGUACUGACUAGUCCAUAAUUCGUCACUUUAGAAACAAAAAGGGAAAUGGAGCCGAAAUGCGCCUUACAAUUGUUUCUGGGAUAGUUACUUGGGACGCGCCGGUCANAAAGCGGGGCUGUGACCCGCGCGGGUCUUUUGCGUGUGUAUGCGCUUUUUUUGUGCUAUUUUAUAUCUCCUCUCCCCCUCUGCUUUUUUUUUUUUUUUUUUUUCCAGGAUUCGAAAUCAGAGGGUGACUCAAAGGCACGAAAAGUACUCGGACAUACGUUUACAAAGGAAGAGGAACGAGGGAAGAAGUUGAGCUGCGAUAAAUGCGGAAAAACAAUUUGGAUGUGGCAAUCGCUAUUUACAUGCAACGGUACUGACUAGUCCAUAAUUCGUCACUUUAGAAACAAAAAGGGAAAUGGAGCCGAAAUGCGCCUUACAAUUGUUUCUGGGAUAGUUACUUGGGACGCGCCGGUCAGCUAUUGGUACAACCUCGUCCCCAGGGUGCUUUUCCCGCCCCACCUCCAAAGCCAGGGAAAAGCGCCCUGGGGACGAGGUUGCUAUUGGUAAUUUUUUCCUUGUCCCAAGUAACAGUCCCAGAACUCUUUGCGAAGUUAACUCGGCCCAGAUUCCUUUUCUAUUUUGCAAAAUAGUUGUUUCAGUCCGACAAAAAAGAAAUCUUUCAAAAUUCGAUAUUGAAUCACGAUUCCUUUCUGUUAAUAGCUUGUAGUUACCGCAGUCAUAGGCGCUGUUUGGAGCUGAUUCGUCGGCCCUGUGCUAGUAGAAAGGUAAGGGCAAAAUUGGCUUUGGAAAUUUCAACAUUAUACCUGAGUUGGCAGUUAAUGAGACUUAUGGCUAUUGUUAGGGGCAUUUUAACGUAGUUCUAUUAGAUUAUUAGGCACUGCAAAGCCGUUUUUAUUCUUAAGUCCUUGCAAAAAUGUGGUGGUGUUAACAGCCGGGGUGGAUAGCACCAUCCGAUAUCUGCUUAAGUUCUUCAGAUCAUUCGAAAGCCGAAUCCAACAAUUGUUUUGUUACGUGUGAAUUUUCCGCUUUUUUCUCCAGCCCUGCCAAAACAACGCCUCAGGGCUUCUCUGUUGUCGUCCCUUCUUCUGGCUUUUAUCCUUAACUAUUAACGUUAUUUUAUCCGAUAUCGCGAACGUCUUCUAAAUUUGGUCAAUGCUAGCUGGUUGUAAAGAAUCAGCGGGGGAAUUUGCGCAAGUUAGAAAUGGACCGAGGUUUCAAAUGAAUAAUAUUAAAGGUGUAUUGUCUCUCAUGGUGCUUUCCUCGUUUAUUGGCAGGUGUCAGUCACCACGUACAAUUUGAGUAUUUGUCCAGAAACAGGAUUAUCGUCACAGCAGUAUAAAUGCGCUGAGUGUAGGAAGCAGAUAGGACUGACAAGUGAGUAUGAACAAAUAACUGGAUAAACGGGAGGGGGGGGGGUGAGUUUCUUAAGAAACCGUGGUGUUGCGUCAUAGGGGAAGUGAGAUGCAAAAUGUGGUCUUAUUGCUCAUGCGGAAAUUGUCAUUCAAUUUACUACUCUGCCUUCUUCGCCCUGGAUAGUGUUGGGUGUCAGAAGUUUAGCACUCUCAUCCAUCCCAGGAUAUGGACUUAAAUAUUGUUAAAGUGUUAAAGGGGGUUGAGGAAUAAAUUUUGGUAAGGCCACUUAUGAGGGUAGUGUCGGUUACUUGUAAAUUCAGUACCAAAUAGACGAGAGAAAAGUUAAGUGUCCCCAAACCCUAUGACCCAGACCAAGACUCUACAUGAGUGUACUUAAUCCCCCCCCGGCGCAGAGAGAGAAGGAAGUAGGAUCAUUCGGGCGUGCCUGUCUUCUCCGCACCCCGCCCCCCCUGCCUUCCUUGUGAUUUAGUGCAAGGAUUGGCAUGGCUGUUAAGUGUGCGACCUUAUUUCAGAGAUGUAAGGUGUGAGCUAAAAUCAACACUUUUAACAACGUGUAUUAUUCGUAGUGUGACCUUUCUACUUCCGUGUAGCUUUAAGUAGCUUUAAAUUCCCCGUAAAACGGACCAGUAAUGGAGAGGAGGGCGGGAGGGGUGGGGAAGAAGUGAGCGCACCGUGGACCCUAGGUUUGUCAGUCAGACGGUAACUAUUUCGAGCUACCGACGUCAAAUAAGGAAGCAAAAUCUAGUACACCUCUCCCUUCCUGUCUGUAAACGCCUGUGUUGCUUUCCUCACUGAAAGGUCUAAUAAUGCAGGGUUUUUUUUAUCUUUUGCAGGAGGUGAACGCUCUGAAGCUCGGCGCUGUGAUUAUAGUGGUCAGUAUUACUGCGAGGAAUGCCAUUGGAACGAUCUUGUCGUGAUUCCUGCCAGAGUCGUUCACAACUGGGACUUCAGCCUUUAUAAGGUACUGAUUACCGUCAUUUAAUUAUUAUACCACUGUAUUUAUGGGCUACUGGACAGUGAGUGGUUAACAUUUUUAACAAUUUGGAUCACAAUUUUAAUUUAACACAAUGUUUCUCGUUUGAAGCUUUCAAAAAAUCUAUGAAGGACCAUUCACUCGCUCUGCUGUAUAUUCUCGGCUUAAACCGAAUGGUUUCUGGUAUUUGUAUUUGUUUGGCCCGGUUCAAACGUCACAUUUCACAUAUACCGUCCAAAUUUAAUGCUAAUAUGAAAAAUCUUUUGUUCUUGCUCAUUUUCCUUAGAUUUAGCCUUCGCAGCAGUUGUUAGGGUCGUCACGCAACGCUCUUUAGUUGGAAGGAGUGUUGCGUGACGACCCUAAUAACGGCUACGAAGGAGUCCACAUCUGACUCGGCGCAUGUGAUGAAAUACGACCUUUGAACCGGGCUCAAGUUUGUACAUUUUAGUUAGAGACUUCGUUCAAGGUCAUAUCAUUAGUUCACUGAUGGGGCAAAUAGUUACUGAAAAGCCCUGACAGGGGAGUUACACUUUUCAGGUGUUAAUCUUCUUCAGGUGAUAAGGUGUAACGAAAACGUUUGUUGUAAGAAACACACUGAAGUCCUUUGUGGAGGGGUGUUCGUUAUAAAAGGGCUCGUGUCAUCAGAGUUCACAAAUUUCUUCCUCUUUUACCACAAACAAUUAGCAGUAAAACUUUCUGUAUUUUUGUACGACUCAGGUGUCGAGACAGUCUAAACAGUUACUAGCUCUCAUGACUGGAAGACCACUCCUCAAGAUUGAAAGGCUCAACCCAUCUUUGUUCAAAUUCGUCGUGGAGCUUAGAGAAAUAAAGGUAAAUAUUGGCUUUGGUUCCUAUACCAUACCGGUGACAAGGACAAGUUUUUUGCAACGACGACAGUGUCGGCAGCAAAAACGUCACUAGUAAAAUGAAUCUGGGCUCUUUCAAACUUCGUCGCGAUUGUUACAACCUGCAUAAUAUGUCAAAUUCUAAAUUUCUUGAGGUGAAUUCACUCACGGAAGUACACUCGAGUUUAGAGAGAGAAAAACCAAUUCCUUGUCACGUUUAUAACUCCUCCGUAACCCGUCACACUAGAUAAUUUCAAGUCGUAGUCGUACAAUGACGGCAAAAAAUGUACCAAAAUGUGUAAUGCGAGGGUGCUUUUUUGGCAUCUUCGUAGCCAGCGCCGUCCUCGUUGCUAAAACUCUCUUAUGUUACAAGGGUACUAGGAACAAUAACCAAAGGAUUGAUCACCAGUGUCUACUUACUAGAUCUCACUAACAAAUGGUCUGGCUAACGGAUGUUACUUGGAGGCUUCAGACCCCGGUAUCCCUACUCAUGCUUGCAAUCAAAGAUUGCUAGAGUUAUUACUGUUAAUGCAAACAGACCAAAUCCUCCUUCAUUUGAUAGGAAUUUUCCGAGCUGCAUCUAAAAUAAGGAAAAAGAAUCUUAACCUGUUUUUUGUUGUCUACAGCGUCUUAGAGAAGAGAUUCUUAUCAUGAAAAAAUACUUCGUUACUUGCCGCGAGGCCUUAGAAAGCAAGUUGUUAUUACAGGUAUGUAUGCGUCAUGGAAGUGCUUUUGUUGUUGGUUCUGUUAUUGUUGGGGGUAUUUGGCAAUAACUUUCACGCACCGAGAGGCAAAACUACAGAGAAAAGAUAAAUACCUUAGAAAACUGCUCUCAGAGUAAUUUAGUUUGGUUUUGUAGAAAGCGACAGACAAAGUAAUUUAUCAGGCUGGUUACCUUACAUUUUUAAUAAGCCUUGAGCCUUUUUCAAUAAAUCUUUAGUCCAAAAGGACUAUUUAGCAGCAACAAUAUAGAAAGCCGCAUAAACAUUGUGAGCGCGAAACGUUACUCACAGGGCGAUCGUUUAAUCCCACGUUAAGACAGAAAAUUCUCGACGCUCUUUAAGAACUUUCGCUACAAUAAUGAUGCUCACGACGAUAAGGAUGUAAACAGAGUUUAUUGAAGCGAAGCGAUGAGACGUUAACAAUGUUGAAAAGAAGCGAUGCGAAGCGAAGCGAUGGUCAGGCGGUGUAAACGAAGAAAACGAUGUACAAAGCGGUUUCGAAAACUAAGAAAUAAAUACAGCGAAAACUAUAGUUAGAUUAACUAGAAACUACCUUAAAACUACGAAAACAAACUUUGAAUUUCAUUAAUACGAUGCAAAAAGGCUUUAUAAAACGUAACAUAUCAUGCACAAAGUGAAAAGACUUACUUCUGUGUCCGCUUUAGGGAUUUCACAGCGUUGACGUUCAGCCUUACUUUGAUCUUAACACGAUGACACGUUGACUAGAACUGAAAAAGUUUCUUGAGCACGUUCGACAAUGCUAACUAAUACAAAGGAUAAUAGAUUUCUUUGUUUGUAACUCAUACGUAAGCAGGUAUGUCCGCGGCAAAAACCACAAAUACUAUAAGAUAAUAACGCAAACGAAACUAAAAGGGUUCGAAAGGAAAUACGAAAAACCAGAAAAUAUUUGGCAGUAACAAACAUAACAACUUUCUUUAAUUUCCCGGACAUGUUUCGACGGUACAUCCGUCAUCUUCAGUGUUACAUAUUUUGAAAUCGCCAUUGAAUUUAAAUCGCGCGCGAUGUUACUAAGGGUGCUUUCCAUUUGUAAGAACUGACCGGCCAGACCAUUCCUGUCGAAGCGAGAAUUUCACUUUUAAUCAAAACUAUUCAGCCAGAUCAGUCAAAUCCUAAAUAGUAUACACGAAGGAGAUGGUUUUUCAGGAAAACUCUUGGAAAAAAGCCGAUCAGUUUCAUUUGCUAACGGACUGGUCCGGCAUUGGUUCGGCCGACCAGUUCUGACAAAUGGAAAGCGCCCUAAGUGCGUCACAUUGCGUUGGCAAUAUUAUGCUUUGAAAAGUUUAGUCCUGGAGAAAAUGAACCAAAUUCACUUUUCUGAAUCGACAUGUAGGGCUCAUUAGGAUGGGUGAUUGCUAACAGCAUUACUAACGUAAACAAUGUUCCUAUCAUCAUCAUCAUCAUCAUCAUCACCACUACCACCACCACGAUCAUCGUCAUCGUCAUCGUAUCAUCAUUAUCAUUUUUGUAAUCAUUGUCGGCGUUAAUGCUUUCUAUCACAAUUAACGUAGUCUUAUUUGUCUUCCUAGUUAAAGGAUAGACAACACUUUGUGGACAGCUCCAGUAUGUACUCUCUUCAAGAUCUUAUUGAUGUAAACUCAGGCUCGCUUUUACCUUUCCUUACGAAAAUUCACUCUCUCUUCCUCACACACAUCAAGUCUGACUGUCAGGUAAGAACAAAAAUGAUGUUUUUCUUAAAUGGCGUAAGCUAGUGGUAGUUGGUAGUGCGGUCUGGAGGCGGUCUGCUCUCCACGCUGACAGUGAUUGACUUUUGGUUUUUCGACAACUUCUGAGCAGAAGUUCUCGUAGAGUUUAGGUUUAUGUUACUAUUUAAUAUGCACGAUAAAAUCUAAUUGUUAGGAGCUCCUUGAAAUGAUGCAGUUGUGAUUAGUUUGUUGUCAGUCAAGUUGUCAAAUACCGUAAAUUAUCUAGCAGACGUUCUGGGCGUCUCGUUAAUUUAAGGAGCGUAAUCGAUAAGAGGCGUUUAUUCUGAUAAACGUAACAGGCUCAACAAAACGUAUAUGUUUUGGGGAAAAUUGUUAUAUCACCACAGUAUAUAAACAGCCAACUAUUCAGUCCAUCCACCUAGGUGUCUAGGCCGUUGUCAGGAUCCAGACUUUGAACCCGACGUUGAACUAGAGGCAAUGCAGAAACUCUUAUCAAUCAGGCAAAAAGCUGAAUAAAUUGUAAUGAGUGAUUUUGCUCUAUUUCGUAGUAUUUUGGAGAAGUAUUCAAGGGGGGCUUCUGUUAGACCGGGGGCGUUUAUUUUAGAGGAGCGUCUUCUACAAAACUUAAAAUUGUAAGAGAGGGCGUUUAAUUGAGGAGAGGCUUUAUUUGAGAGAGAUAAUUUACGGUAGUUGUUCCCUGCCGUAAGUAGCUGCUUACAAACCUUAGCCAAUAUCGCCGUGCUUUAUACCUGACAUGACCAAUGAAAACUAUCGUCAGGACUUUCAUACUAUCAACUGUGUGUCUAGCAUUCAGUGUCAGUGACUUUAAAGAUCACUUCAGCUCAACAAGUAAUCUUAGGACCACUAUUACAACUAUUAGAACUACCGGAAAAUCGCACUCAACAGGGUAUUGAUGGUUCUUAGAUUAAACUUUUUACUGUAGAGCUUUCUUGAUCGUAGCGUGAUCCGUGGGCCUUCUCGUUUUAUCGAUUGAUUGACUGGUUGAUUGAUUGAUCGAUAUAUUUAUUUAUUGACUGAUUAAUUGAUUUACUUUAAUAGCUUUGUCAAGCAAAGGGUUUUGUCUGCGAAUUUUGCGGCAAAGAUGAAAUCAUUUUUGCGUUUGAUCCACACGCAGCACAGUGUAAGGAAUGCAGGACCGUGUUCCACAAGUAA